GGACCGUGCACACACGCAACCAAAAUCACGCCUUCCACCCACGCACUCCAACCCACGCAUCCCAGCCCACGCAUCCCCACCCACGCAACCCAACACACGCCUCCCACCCACGCCUCCCACCCACGCCACCCACCCACGCCACCCACCCACGCCACCAACCCACGCCACCCACCCACGCAACCCAACCCACGCCUCCACCCACGCAUCCCAACCCACGCAACCCAACACACGCCUCCCACCCACGCCACCCACCCACGCCACCCACCCACGCCACCCACCCACGCCACCAACCCACGCCACCAACCCACGCCACCAACCCACGCCACCCACCCACGUCACCCACCCACGCCACCCACCCACGCAACCUCACCCACGCAACCUCACCCACGCAUCCCACCUACGCAUCCCAACCCACGCCACCCACGCCACCCACCCACGCAUCCCACCUACGCCUCACACCGACACAUCCCAACCCACGCAACCCAACCCACGCAUUCUGCCCGCGCUUUCCAACCCACGAUCUUUAA